GGCUGCCAGGUUCAGGUCUUCCCAGACCCCCCUGAGGUAGAAGGCUUGACUAAGGAGGUGAAGCUGGAGGAGCUAGAGGGAUCUGAGCAGUGUAUCCAGAGAGACAUGAGUCCCAAGGAAGAGAGUGGUUGGAACAAGAAGAAAACAAAAGUCAAUAAGAUCUGGAAUUUUGUGAGUCGCAGAAAAGGAGCUUCCAGCCAGAGAAAGCGACCUCAGUCCAUGAUUUUGCUGGAAGACAUCUCCAGACCAUCAGAGGUAAAAUCCAAAGUCACCUUCAUGGAUCGAAUGAAGUCAUUCAGGAGGUCAAAGACUUCUACUGGGGCCUCUAAGAAUACUCCCCUUAGGAGUAGCAAGGUCCAGGAGCCACAGGAAGCCACAGGUGUCUACAGGAUACGGAAUAUUGAGGAUGCUCUAAAACCCUUCCGCCAUUCCUAUGCAGGCCACAUUGAGGGGUUGGAGCCUUUCCUUGAAGAUGUGCAGGGGCUUGUGCAAGCACCCAAGAGGGAAAACCAGAAGGUGCUAGCCUCUGAGGAUUUUGGCAUCCAAGUGGAGGAAGAUUUCUGGGAGGAGGAAGAGGUUCCUGGGCACUUCAGUAGUGACAGACAAUGCAGAAGCUACCUGAAAAACAUGUCUCCCAGGAGUCAUGAGGCCCCUUCUGCCUGGGUAGAAGACACCAGAAUCCAGGGGCUUGAGACCACCAUUGAGGGCUCCACCUUGGAAGGAGACACAGAAGGCAUCUAUGAGGAGAGCCCUGGACACCAGCACAGAGAUAAGAUGGCUCCAUUCAGUGUCGUUGUCAAAUUCUUCAACAAUAUGGCUGAAGCAGCCCGCAAGUGGCGGUCAUUCUCCCGUGAAGAGCCACAGUUGGGCCGCCGCCACCGUGAACCCUACUGCAGCGAUGGCUUCGUCCUGGAAGGCACUACCUCCCAAGUCUCCUUCCCACUUGAUCUGCCCUGCCAAACCACUGAAUCCAACCUGUGGGGCAAUGCUAUGGGAAGGUGCCGACACCAUCACCGGAAGGCCCCACACACUUCAUGCACUUUUGAGAUGAGCAUUGAAGGUGAGGAGAUUCCUGGUCAGGCUCUAUCAGGUCCCUGUGAUGCUGCCAUCUCUUCUAUGACCUCAGCUGUCUUCAAGUUCCAGGAUGACCCAGUGAAGCAGAAAGGCCACUGCCACAGCAACUGCCAUACCUCCACCAGGGAGCAUUCCUCCUCUGAGGAGCUUGAUGAAGACACAGAGACGGUGGUCAGCUUCCUCAAGGAAGAGGACAGUUCCAGAGAGCCCCCUGAAUUUGGUGCCUAUGCCAAGAGGUUCACCACUGAGGCUGUCAUGGAGAAGUUGGAGGAGAAGCCCAGUGAAAUGAAAGAGCAGGAGGAAAAUUUGGAACCAGAGGAGUCCAGCCAGGCCAGGAAGCCCCAGAAGCUUGAGAUGGAAAUGGGUGCAGGGGAUGCAGAAGGCAAAGCCACCAAGGCCUGCUCUGGAGUUUGUCAUUCUCAGGCCUUAUUUCCCCCAGCUGAACCAUCACCAAGGACUCCACCACUCAAAAUCCUUUUGGAAAAAUGCCACUCUCUGCCCAUCUCACAGAGUAUCCCUGUGGAGCUGGACCAAGUGGGCUGGAGGAGACCCAUGAUGCUUUGCACUGGUAACUUGGACCAGGGCUCCAAGACUCUAGAAAUCUGCAAGAAAAUUGGUGGAUACUGGAAGCUGCAGAGACCAGGAAACAAGCCAAUAAAUGAACUGAUCACUGGAGAUUCCAUCGUUAGUGCUGAGGCAGUAUGGGAUCACGUCACCAUGGCCAACCGGGAGUUGGCAUUUAAGGCUGGCGACGUCAUCAAAGUCUUGGAUGCUUCCAACAAGGAUUGGUGGUGGGGCCAGAUCGACGAUGAGGAGGGAUGGUUUCCUGCCAGCUUUGUGAGGCUCUGGGUGAACCAGGAGGAUGGGGUGGAGGAAGGGCCCAGUGAUGUGCAGAAUGGCCACCUGGACCCCAACUCAGACUGCCUCUGUCUGGGCCGGCCACUACAGAACCGGGACCAGAUGCGGGCCAAUGUCAUCAAUGAGAUCAUGAGUACUGAGCGUCACUACAUCAAGCACCUCAAGGACAUUUGUGAGGGCUACCUGAAGCAGUGCCGGAAGAGAAGGGACAUGUUCAGUGAUGAACAACUGAAGGUAAUCUUUGGGAACAUUGAAGACAUCUACAGGUUUCAGAUGGGCUUCGUGAGAGACCUGGAGAAACAGUACAACAAUGAUGACCCCCACCUCAGUGAGAUAGGACCCUGCUUCCUAGAGCAUCAAGAUGGAUUCUGGAUAUACUCUGAAUAUUGCAACAACCAUCUGGAUGCCUGCAUGGAGCUCUCCAAGCUGAUGAAGGAUAGUCGCUACCAGCACUUCUUUGAGGCCUGUCGCCUCUUGCAGCAGAUGAUUGACAUUGCUAUUGAUGGUUUCCUUUUGACUCCAGUGCAAAAGAUCUGCAAGUAUCCCUUACAGUUGGCUGAGCUCCUCAAGUAUACUGCUCAAGACCACAGUGAUUACAGAUAUGUGGCAGCUGCUUUGGCUGUCAUGAGAAAUGUGACUCAGCAAAUCAACGAACGCAAGCGACGUUUGGAGAAUAUUGACAAGAUUGCCCAGUGGCAGGCCUCUGUCCUAGACUGGGAGGGCGAGGAUAUCCUAGACAGGAGCUCGGAGCUGAUCUACACUGGGGAGAUGGCCUGGAUCUACCAGCCCUAUGGCCGCAACCAGCAGCGGGUCUUCUUCCUGUUUGACCACCAGAUGGUUCUUUGCAAGAAGGAUCUAAUCCGUAGAGACAUCCUGUACUACAAAGGCCGCAUUGACAUGGAUAAAUAUGAGGUGGUUGACAUCGAAGAUGGCAGAGAUGAUGACUUUAAUGUCAGCAUGAAGAAUGCUUUCAAGCUUCAAAACAAGGAGAAAAAUGAGGUACAUCUGUUCUUUGCCAAGAAGCUGGAGGAGAAAAUUCGUUGGCUCAGGGCUUUCAGAGAAGAGAGGAAAAUGGUACAGGAGGAUGAAAAAAUUGGCUUUGAAAUUUCUGAAAAUCAGAAAAGGCAGGCUGCAAUGACUGUGAGAAAAGUUCCUAAGCAAAAAGGUGUCAACUCUGCCCGCUCAGUUCCUCCUUCUUACCCACCACCGCAGGACCCAUUAAACCAGGGCCAGUACCUGGUCCCUGAUGGCAUCGCUCAGUCACAAGUCUUUGAGUUCACCGAACCCAAGCGUAGCCAGUCACCAUUCUGGCAAAACUUCAGCAGGUUAACCCCCUUCAAAAAAUAAUAACUACAGGGAGGCAGAUGAUUUUAAAAUAAAGUAAAUAAAAUUAUAUUUAUAGAUGGACCUUUUUUCGGAGAAGCACUGUUGAAAAUUUAUAUAUAUAUAUAUGUGUGUAUAUA